CUCCAGCGCGUUUCCGUUUCAAACCUGAACUUCCGGUUCGUUAGCCGGUUCCGGUCUCCGUUUUUCACUUCCGGUCGCCCUCGGUUCCGCUGCGGCCGGUUCUUGCGUCCACUGUUGCGGGUUCCGCCGCGCUCCAGGUAUCUUUUUCUGAGUGAAAGCUGCUUGAUCAUAUGUUUCAAGGAUGGCCCUCCCUAUCAUCGUAAAAUGGGGUGGACAGGAAUAUUCAGUGACCACACUUUCAGAAGAUGAUACCGUGCUAGAUCUCAAACAGUUUCUUAAGACCCUUACAGGAGUGCUACCAGAACGCCAAAAGUUACUUGGACUCAAAGUUAAAGGCAAACCUGCAGAAAAUGAUGUUAAGCUUGGAGCUCUCAAACUGAAACCAAAUACUAAAAUCAUGAUGAUGGGAACUCGUGAGGAGAGCUUGGAAGAUGUCUUAGGUCCACCUCCUGACAAUGAUGAUGUUGUCAAUGACUUUGAUAUUGAGGACGAAGUAGUUGAAGUAGAAAAUAGGGAAGAAAACCUAUUGAAAAUUUCUCGCAGAGUAAAAGAGUAUAAAGUGGAAAUUUUGAAUCCUCCCAGGGAAGGGAAAAAGCUUUUGGUACUAGAUGUUGAUUAUACGUUAUUUGACCAUAGGUCUUGUGCAGAGACUGGAGUAGAAUUAAUGCGACCAUAUCUUCAUGAAUUCCUCACAUCUGCAUAUGAGGAUUAUGACAUUGUUAUUUGGUCUGCAACAAAUAUGAAGUGGAUUGAAGCUAAAAUGAAAGAGCUGGGAGUGAGCACAAACGCGAAUUAUAAGAUUACCUUCAUGUUGGACAGCGCUGCUAUGAUAACAGUGCAUACUCCAAGGAGAGGAUUAAUAGAUGUAAAGCCUCUUGGUGUUAUAUGGGGAAAGUUUUCGGAGUUUUACAGCAAAAAAAACACCAUAAUGUUUGAUGACAUAGGAAGAAAUUUUCUAAUGAACCCACAGAAUGGACUGAAGAUAAGGCCUUUUAUGAAAGCGCACCUAAAUCGAGAUAAAGACAAAGAACUUUUAAAAUUAACUCAGUACCUCAAGGAGAUAGCAAAAUUAGAUGACUUUUUGGACCUAAAUCACAAAUAUUGGGAAAGGUAUCUGUCAAAGAAGCAAGGACAGUAGUUACAAGUUAUACUGACAGUUAUUGAGGAUACUUGAGAUCACGAACUUCUUGCUUUUAUGCUAGAAAUCAUUAUGAUAGUGCUGGACACUGCAGCGAAUAUCAGACUGCUUAUACUUGGUCUUCCAGUUUUUUGUAAAUUUAAUUUUAUAUUUUUGAAGAUCAUAGCAAUAUGCUAAAAAAAAAACAAACCUUUUUUCCCCUAUAUGAAUAUCCUGUUACUCUUGAAAAAAUAAUUUUUCCAGCAUUGAGUACCGAGUUCCCCCCCGCCCUGACACACACACACAAAAGUGGACAAAAAUGUAUACUCAACAUUGUCAUUUCAUGGCUUUGGAAAUGAGUUAGGUCUUGUGUUUUUGUCUCAUUGUGGUGUUGUCUGACUAAAUCUGACCAAACCCAUCUUGAAACUACUGCUUUUCCCUUUAAAACCAAAAAAAAAAAAAAGUUUUUGCGUAAGGAACCUAGUUUGGUAUGCUUAAAGUCACCAGAGUUUUUUUUUAUUCCUUUGUCAUAGACACAGUUUCUCUUCUUACUGUGUACUAUUUUCAUCUCUAAGUUUUGAGCUGUCUCAGUUUGGUCUAUAUGUGUGUCUGUGUUCUUUGAGUAAAACUGGAACACGUAAGCUGUGAUACAAGUGUGUCUCAAAGUAUGAGAAAUAGAAAACAUAAGACUGAAGAAUAAAAACUAAGGAACAAAAGUUAUUUCUUUUUGGUGGCUAAGUGGAAGCACUUCUGCCUAAAACCAUUGUCAGAAAAGCAAUUAAAGGCAAUACAUUCUUAAGGGGACAUAUCACUGGUUCAGCCCUAAAAAGCAUGAACAAAAAGUUUUUGUUCUGUUCCAGCUGUAUCUUGUCUAAGUGCAAACACUGUGUUUCAGUGAAAAUAUUUAGCCAUAAGAUUAAAAAAAUUUAUUUGGCAAUGCUUACGCCUGCAGAUAUGUAAUGUGACCACUGUUUUGUGUUGACAGUAUUGCUUUACAUAGUUCUUGUGUUUGAAAGGAAUCUGAUCCUUUCAAAUAAACAUGGUGUAUAUUGUUCUUACGGGACUAUUUCAGUGGUGUAAAUAAUAAAUACUUUUUCUUAAAACGUUGGUUUUGCUCUCUACUGUCCCAAAUAUUUUGCCUUUUUGUUGACUCACAAAGUGAAGCAAACAUUAGGCUGAGGCAAGGACCUCUUGAAAAAAACUAAACACGUAUGGUUUAAAAGUGUGCAUAUCACUAUUCAUUCAGAAUUGGUUUUAGCAGCUACUUAUAUUAAAUUACUUAGUUCUAAUAAGUACCAUGUUUUCAGGAAGAUAAGCUGUUUUCUUUGUGACUGGUUAUUAUAAAGAUAUGCAGUGCAGAAGCGUUUGAGAACCUUAAAUAAUUAAAAUGAUUCAAUUGAAAACAUAUUUCUAAAUUAUGAGGCUAAAUUUAAAUAUUUAAGGAUGGAGUAGAGUUUUUUGGAAUAUUCAUUUCACUGGGGCAUUUUCCCAUUAUAAAAGGCAGUUUAUCCUUCCAGGGUAGGCAUGAAAAGGACUUAAUCUUGUUAAAACGGAACACUUUAAGAGCUCUUUCAAUAGAACUGUUUAGUUCAAUGAAGAGCAGAACAUUUUCUAAAUCAAUAUAAAAUAUGAAAGUGAGCAAGCCUCAGAAAGUGAAGUAGGAUUUUUAAAAAACAUUAUUUGCCAUUAGGUGGGGCUCAAACCAAAGUUUAUUAGCUGGUAUGCAAAAUUUAGCAGUUCUGGGAGAACAUUGUCACUGUUGGGCUUACUGAGAUCACAUGUGUUUCCUAAUAGAGUAUUGGGAGUUUUACUUUGUCUUUUGCAUCUCAUGGUUUAUUGAGCAGAUCCAUCAGUCUAUCUCUGUGUAUGUGGCUCACACAACAGAACCAGGAGAUGACUUCUAAUUCAGAUACAUAUGCUGAUGAAACAGCAAGUUAGUUCUACGAUACAUAUGUUCCAAACUUUUAAGCAGUUGGUUCUUAGUAAAGUAUAUUUAAUCUAAAAAUUGCAGAACAUCAUUAAACCUUUGAUUCAGAGGGCACUUUGAGAUCUAGCGGACCCCUCAGGUCCUUUAUGAAAAUCACUUACUGGACUAAUGAUACCUAUACGGGUUACUCAGUUUUAAAGGCAAGGGAUAUAUAUAUGGGUCAUUACAGUGAGUUACUGAAACGGUCUUUACUCACGGAAAGUAAAAUGACUGUCAGUUUUGUGGAGGAGGUGGGGCUGUGUAGGGAGAGGAGGACUGGGAUAGAAGAUAUGCAAAAAGAAAAGAAAAUGCAAGUUACUUAGAUUAUUGCUUGGUUUUUAAAUGACUUGGUUGUGAAGAAUAGUAAUAAAAUGUGAAUAGUGAAACUGGUUGAGGGAUUUUAGAAGGAUAUGCAAAAAGAAAGAAAGGAAAAUGCAAGUUACUUAGAUUAUUGCUUGGUUUUUAAAUGACUUGGUUGUGAAGAAUAGUAAUAAAACGUGAAUAGUGAAUAAACUGGUUGAGGGAUUUUUCUCAUCCCAAGUAAUCAACAGAACUUUCAAGGAAGAAAUUGUUACAGUUUCCCCUAAGUAUUUUUUACAUCAAAAUUUAUUCUUAUUAACUGGAAUAGCAGCUCAAGAGGCGUCGCUAGAGAUUUAACACUGAGGUAUUUAUGUAAGGGUAUGCUAGUUUUGGAAUUGCUUUGGAGAAGCUAUGUCGGCCUUGAUGAGAAUGCUAAGUAUUUAGAGCUUAAGAAGAAAUCCUUGAAGAUUAGUUUGACAGAUUUAUCAAAGACUUAGAGAAAUUAAUGCAUGGUAAGAACUAGAACAGAAAUAACAGGCAUCCUGUGGGUUUAAAAAAGGCUAUCAAUUAACUAAUAUCAAUGAGUUUCCAUGUAGAAUGUAAAAUCACAAAAUCUCUGACACAUGAUUUUUUAAAACUCUGUGGAAGUAAGCAAGUAUUUCUUAAGUGCUGGUAUAAAGAUACUUCCUGAUAUAAAGUGUUACUUAUUAAAACCUGUUUUCCUUCUGAAAAGCUUUAAAAGUUCAACCUAUCGCUUAUAAAACCAUUUAUAAACAGUGGGAACACAAUCAUUAAAAAUAUCAAAAACAAAAAAUAUCCAAAAGAGAUUGCUUAAACAUUAAUGAUAUUUCCAUAAGUCAAUAUGGCUACAACAAAUAAGUUAUACUGUAUGUGUGUAAUUUUUUUUUUCUAAGAUUUUAUUUAUUUAUUUGACAGAGACAGCCAGCGAGAGAGGGAACACAAGCAGGGGCAGUGGGAGAGGAAGAAGCAGGCUCCCAGCGGAGGAGCCUGAUGCGGGGAUUGAUCCCAGAACGCUGGGAUCACUCCCUGAGCCAAAGGCAGACGCUUAACGACUGCGCCACCCAGGCGCCCCUGUAUGUGUGUGAUUUGUGACAGUAAAGGCCAAACUGAGGACUUCUUAGGAACAUACAGAUUAUUAAAAUAGAGUAAACAGUUUUAGUUGAAUACAAAUCCCUCUUAAUCCUAUUACCAACUCCUAAUUCCCUGGAGCACUUUUGAUUGCUAAUACUUAUUGUUACAUAUGUAGGAACAGCUAUAUUUUCCCAGACGAGGCCUUAAGAAGAAAAGGCAAGUGAUUUGUCAGAACCCUUGGCUAGAAUCCCUCCUUACUAACAGUGGGAUCUUGCACAAGUCUAAUUCUUUGAACUUUUGUUUCCUCCUCAAAAAACUACUAAUAGUAACACUUCUCUUUCCCAGAGGCUGUUGCAAAGGUCAAAUGAGAAUUCAUGGGGAAGUACCUGGAAGCAGCUCAAGCUUAUGGACUCUUAGAUGUUAUUAGAAGUGGUUCAGCAGGUGUGGCUAUGAUUGAGCUAUAUCAUUCUUGAAAUUAUAAUUACCAAGGGUGCCGUAGUAAAAGGAAAACUCUUCGUAAUUAAGUAUGUAUUUUACAAAUAUUACCAUGGCUUUCUGAGAGUUCUAAACAAGGAAAGUAAAAUGAGAAUGACUUCUUAGGGCCUAUGUGUUUUUGUAAGGAUCCAGCUGCUUUUAGUAAUCAUCUGGACUAGAAGACCUGCCAGCCCUGCUCCUAACCCCCCAAAGUAAGUAGGUUUGAAACUGCAGGGGCACUAUAAUUAUAGCUUGUAUAGGGGAGUAUUACAUUUUAAUUUUAAUUUUGGAAAUGGCUCUUCCUAGACAGAAGCUGGCUAGUUUUGCCAUGCAUGUAAAAAAAUAAUCAUUCCAAAGCAGUAAGAAUUUAAAAAAAAUUUUUUUUUCCAUAUAAAGCUGUACUAAGGUAGAUACUAGUUUUUUCCUGGCAGCCUUGGCAGAAUGAACUGUCUGUGCAAGAACCAGGCAGUCAACAUUUAAUGGACAUGUGCCUCAGAUGCUGUUCUUCAGAGGUAAACACAAAAAGAUUUUCUUCCCUCACAGAAUUUGUGUUUGAGCAAAGGAAACAAUAUAAUUUUCAGAGAGAAGUGCUAUAAAAACAUGAUAGAAAGUGGAGUUGAGGGCGGGUGAUUGGCAAUAGCAUGGGCUGCAGCGAGAAGACCUGAAUGCUAAGAGGUAUCACUCAGAAUAUUAUGGGGAAGAGUAGUGUGGGUAGAGCUAGGAGCACGAGCAAGGCCUUAAGGCCUAGUGGGAGGUAGGUGGUGACUGGUGGGAGGAGAGGAUGGAGAGGUAGGCAGAGCCCAUGGGAUGGGAUUUUGCAGGUCACCAUAAGUAACCUGGUGAAUUCUAAGUGAAACAGGAGGAACCAGUGGAGGGUUUUAAGUAGGGGAACGACAAUUUUUAAUAGCCUUAUUGAGAGCAAAUUUACAUACCCUAAAAUUCACCCGUUUGAAUUGUGCGAGUCAGUGAUUUUUAGUCUAUUUACAGAGUUGUGCAGCCAUCACCACGAUCUAAUUUUAGAAACUUAUUUGUUUUUAAAAAGAUCAUUCUGGGUCUUGUAUGGAGAAUGGACUAUAGAAGGGCAAAAGUAGGAAGGACAAGAUCAGUGAGGAGGUUACUGUUAUUAUCCAGGUGAGAGGUUUCCAAAGUGAUGGAAGGAAAGUCGGCUUUCCUUCUCUCCUUCACUGCAUCAUCCUAACUACUUAGAGGCCCCGUCGUGUGCUAGGUACUGUCUGAGGUGCUAGGUCUCCAGUGGUGAAUGAGGCAGACGUGAUCCCUGGCCUACGGAGCGUGCGGUUGAACAGAACCACUUCCUCCCCAGCCUCUAAUGGGGCUACAACGUGUGCCCUGAAUCGGUGGCUGAAUUCCGCUGCCGUAUGUUUCCCCAUCUCUCAAUCCCAGAAACCCUUCCUCCCACGCUCACGCAAACUGGUUCAAAGGUGCUGCAUUACAAUCCGAUCUUUCAGAGCGUGCACUCCUAGAAAAUUUUUCAAGUUUUAGUCAAAGCAUAAACAAAAUAAUAAGUUAAGCCUGAGCUGCUACUGAGGGGAAAUUAGUGAAGGAACACUUAAGCGCCAUUGCCGAUAUUACUGUUUCAAGAAAACAUAAUUAAAAAGAAAGAAUAUGGGACUGUGAAUAUUCUUUAUUUCCCCCUAAAUGCUUCUUUGCUCAAAGAAUGAGUGUACAUCCAUUCUUUUGGUGGAUUUGGUGAAUCUGUAUAGUCAGUGUUAGACCUAAUUAUUUAAAAGAGCUUUCAUUUUUAUUUUUAAGGACUAUUUUUAUUUGAGAAAUAAAAAUAAUUUUUAAAAAUUACAUAUAAUCUCACCAUCUCGGGGUGACCCAGUUAACAUUGUGAUGCACUUCCUUCCAGGCUUUUCUCUGUGUCCAUGUGUACUGAUGAAAUAUUUGUGUAAGAAUGGCUAGACAUGUCUCAGUGGCUGGCUGUGCCUUGAAUUAGCCUGUGUGGUUAUUUUUAGAUCCAUAUAAUUGAAAGCCUCUGGAAGCAGAGAUCCUAUUUCUAUUACCUUUGUAUUCUUUCCAGGUACAUAGUAAGUUUCUGAACUUGGUAGAUCUGUGACAAAUAAGAAUUAAGCUACCAAAUGUGUAAAUAAACAAGCUAUAAAAUAUG